GCAGCGAGCCGUUGCCGAGCGCUGACGGGAGCGGCCGAGUGCGAGGCGGCCGAGCCUCAGCCGAUCGGUAGCUCGCGCCUCCCGGGGCCGAGCGCGCAGGCGCAGACCACAGUAACUGCCGGUUGGGGGCGGCGAACCGCAGUGGAGACGAGGCGGCGGGCCGGGCGGAGGCGGCGCGGCUCAGGCGGGCGGCUCCACCUCCGCAGUUCCGACGCCCUGCCCUAGAUUUUCCGAUAGAGAGAGGGUCCUCUCCUCUGCUUCUCGCAGGAGUCGCAGCGCCCGCAGUGGGGACCCGCAGCGGGAAGCGGUCUCCGCAGCCCGAGCCUCUGGCGGGAUGUCGGUGGUGGGCAUUGACCUCGGUUUCCUCAACUGCUACAUCGCUGUGGCGAGGAGCGGCGGCAUCGAGACCAUCGCCAACGAGUACAGCGACAGGUGCACGCCGGCCUGUAUAUCUUUGGGAUCCAGAACUCGAGCCAUUGGAAAUGCAGCUAAGAGCCAGAUAGUCACAAAUGUAAGAAAUACAAUUCAUGGCUUCAAAAAGCUUCACGGGCGAUCAUUUGAUGACCCCAUUGUGCAAACGGAGAGGAUCAGGCUUCCAUAUGAGCUGCAGAAGAUGCCUAAUGGAAGUGCAGGCGUUAAGGUGCGGUACCUGGAAGAAGAGCGGCCCUUUGCAAUUGAGCAAGUCACUGGGAUGUUGCUGGCUAAGCUUAAAGAAACCUCAGAAAAUGCCCUGAAGAAGCCAGUGGCUGACUGUGUGAUCUCGAUCCCGAGCUUUUUCACCGAUGCAGAGAGAAGAUCCGUGAUGGCCGCAGCCCAGGUUGCAGGCUUAAACUGUCUGAGGCUGAUGAAUGAAACCACUGCAGUUGCCCUGGCAUAUGGAAUUUAUAAGCAGGAUCUUCCCUCAUUAGAUGAGAAACCAAGGAAUGUUGUGUUUAUCGACAUGGGACAUUCUGCCUAUCAGGUCUCUGUUUGUGCUUUUAACAAAGGAAAACUUAAAGUGCUGGCUACUACCUUUGACCCAUAUUUGGGUGGCAGGAACUUUGAUGAGGCUUUAGUAGACUACUUCUGUGAUGAAUUCAAGACCAAAUAUAAGAUAAAUGUCAAAGAGAACUCUCGGGCCUUGCUGCGGCUGUAUCAGGAGUGUGAAAAACUAAAGAAGCUGAUGAGUGCAAAUGCGUCAGAUCUUCCCCUUAACAUCGAGUGUUUCAUGAAUGACCUUGAUGUUUCUAGUAAGAUGAACAGGGCUCAGUUUGAGCAGUUGUGUGCCUCCCUCUUGGCCAGGGUUGAACCACCUUUAAAAUCAGUAAUGGAUCAAGCUAACUUACAACGUGAAGACAUAAACAGCAUAGAAAUUGUGGGAGGGGCCACACGGAUUCCUGCAGUCAAGGAGCAGGUGACUAGGUUCUUUCUGAAAGACAUCAGUACCACCCUGAAUGCUGAUGAAGCCGUUGCCCGAGGAUGUGCAUUGCAGUGUGCGAUUCUCUCACCAGCAUUUAAAGUACGUGAAUUUUCCAUAACAGACCUUGUUCCCUACUCAGUCACAUUAAGGUGGAAGACUUCUUUUGAAGAAGGGACUGGGGAAUGUGAAGUCUUCUCUAAGAACCACCCGGCCCCAUUCUCAAAGGUCAUAACUUUCCACAAGAAGGAACCAUUUGAACUAGAAGCGUUUUAUACUAAUUUGCAUGAAGUGCCUUAUCCUGAUCCAAGAAUUGGAAACUUCACUAUUCAGAAUGUUUUCCCACAGUCUGAUGGUGAUAGUUCUAAAGUAAAAGUUAAAGUUCGUAUUAAUAUCCAUGGAAUCUUCAGUGUGGCCAGUGCAUCAGUAAUUGAGAAACAGAAUCUGGAAGGUGAUCAUAAUGAUGCCCCUAUGGAAACUGAAGCUCCUAAGAAUGAAGGCAAAGAGGAUAUGGACAAAAUGCAGGUUGACCAAGAAGAAGGAGGGCAUCAGAAAUGUCAUGCUGAGCAUACACCAGAAGAAGAGAUUGACCACACGGGGGCCAAAGCAAAGGCACCUCCUUCAGAUAAGCAGGAUCGCAUAAAUCAAACUAUUAAAAAAGGGAAAAUCAAGAGUAUUGAUCUACCUAUCCAGAGCAGCCUGUACAGACAACUGACUCAAGAUCUUCUCAAUACUUACAUUGAAAAUGAGGGGAAGAUGAUAAUGCAGGAUAAAUUAGAGAAAGAAAGAAAUGAUGCUAAAAAUGCUGUUGAAGAAUACGUCUAUGAUUUCAGAGACAAACUGGGUACUGUCUACGAAAAGUUCAUCACUCCAGAAGACAUGAAUAAGCUGUCUGCAAUGUUAGAAGACACAGAAAAUUGGCUUUAUGAAGAAGGAGAAGACCAGCCUAAACAAGUUUAUGUGGAUAGGCUUCAGGAAUUAAAGAAAUAUGGCCAGCCCAUUCAAAUGAAAUACGUGGAACAUGAAGAGAGACCAAAAGCUUUAAAUGACUUGGGGAAAAAGAUUCAGCUUGUCCUGAAAGUUAUAGAAGCACACAGAAACAAGGAUGAAAGAUACGAUCACCUGGAUCCUGCUGAAAUGGAAAAAGUCGAAAAGUACAUCAGUGACUCCAUGAACUGGCUAAACAGUAAGAUGAAUGCACAGAAUAAAUUAAGUCUUACUCAAGAUCCUGUGGUAAAAGUGUCAGAAAUAGUUACAAAGUCAAAGGAACUGGAUAAUUUCUGUAACCCCAUCGUUUAUAAGCCCAAACCAAAAGUAGAAGCUCCUGAAGACAAAGCAAAAACUAGUAGUGAGCACAAUGGACCAAUGGAUGGACAGAGUGGUUCAGAGACCAGCCCAGAUCCACCGAAAGGAAGCUCACAGCACACUGACUCUGGAGAGAUGGAAGUGGACUAAGUGUCAUGUAAUCCAAGCAGUUGGUUAACUACAGGGCCCAUUCAUCCUUUAUGCCUGGUACACACAACAUAUGUUCAGUUGUUCUUAACUACUUUUGUCAUUUGUUUUUUGGAGUAGUUUUGAAAAGUGUCUCUAUUGAGUGCACUAUUGCUGUCCAUUGCUGCUGUGAAGCCUUAGCUGAAUAUAGAUGUACAAAUCAGUUUGAGCUCUCCUUACAUACUUUGUGUCAGUAUGCAGGACUGCUAUGUACUCGGCAACCAUCCACUGUAGUCACAGCUUCUACUUGCAUAGCCCUCAGCUACUCGAUGCAGGAAGGGGAUACUGCAUUGCUCUUUUGUUGCAGAGUCAGGGGUUAUACUGCAUUAUUAUUGUGAAACAAAUCGAAGGUGAUGUGGUUUAGAGCCACCAGCACUGACCCUUUCCUAGUUUCCCUAAUGCUAUCACUUAAAUAUUAAAACAAAUGGGAGGUUCUGACAUCCUACACCAUUUGACUGAUGCGCCACCAGGAAUCCAGUCUUGUCAUCACAUAAAUGAUCUAAGUGACACUCAGCGAGGGAUGACAGUGCAGUUUGACAUUCAAAUAACACCAGCAUUUGCUGCUUUUGUUGGUAGCAUGGAUUCAUGUUUUCUCAGAGUAACUUUUCACUUGAAACUGUUGAUCUUCUUGUCCAAAAGACCAGCUGCUGCUACACUAAUGCUAAGCCUAUGGGAAAGCACUGUUGACCUGCUCAGGUGCACAUCUGUGAUGCUGACAGACUUGGUUCAGUUUUUAUAGUUGUGUUGGUUUUCUUAAUUGAUUUUUGUUAAUAAUACCUUAAUCUGGGGUAGGGAGACGUUGCACAAUGCAUUAUAUAUACCUAUCACUAAUUUAAUGUUUCAAUGUAGAUAGACACUAUUAAAUAAGCAGUAAUUCCUUGAAAGGAGUACCUGUACCAAAUCCUAGGAAAUAAUGCUUGUAAUAAACUUAACUGUGUUACAUCAGUAGGUAAAAUACAUAAUGUUACAUAGUGUAAUAUGAUAUAAUGUGAUUAAAUUAUAGUUCCUGCUGUUAAAUUGCCUUUUGAAAACUUGGCUCCAGGGUUGGUGCUUCUUAAAUGGGGAAAGGCACAGUGAACUUCAGCCAUAUUAAGGACCUGGUCUGUGGUUUAUCACCAGACUUGUUCACUCCAUUCAGUUAUGUCUGAGCCUUGAAACUGUUUUAUUUAACCAUGGGGAAGGCUGGGGUGAUGUUUCAGUCUUCAAGACAUAAGCAAGACAAAAUGCAUGGGCCUUCACUGAAGAUCAACUUGAGUUACAAUUUUCAGAGGCUGUUUUCCCAAAGCUGAAUCUUUAUACUAAAUGCAAUACUGACCUUUCCUUAAGUAGCUAAAGACCGAGAGUAUACUAUCUUUAGGGAUAGUCAUUUCUCAAAUGAGUUCUCUAAUAGAGAUUUUGUUCCUACAAUGUAGUCUGCACUGAAAGGAGAAUGUAGGAGGGUGGGGUGGUCAUUUUGCAGGAAUUUUUAUUCAGAUUUUGGGGGUAGAUACCAUCCCUUUUCAUUAAGAAAAUCAUAUAGUUCCAACAUAUUUUAAAUGUCUAUAUCUUUUAUUACCAUUAGAUCCAAAUACAUUUUAAGUAGAUAUUAGUUACUUUUAAUUUGUAUGAUAAAUAUAUACAUAGGUCCAUUUCAGGAAAAAAAAUCAUGGUUGUAAAGGGAAUAUGUAACCACACAGAUAUUUUAUAGCUGCUUCCUGGUUCUCAUUUACACUCAAUAAGGAGCUGUUCCUUAGGACCUAUUGGAAGUAGAAGAAACAUCUCUCCCUGCACCUGAAUGUCCAGCAGAGCCUCAAGUUUUCCAUCCUGCUGUUACGUUACUUUCAAAUAGUUUAAUGUUUUAGUCAGAGAAA